CUGAAAUAAAAUAAUUAUUAUUAUUUCAAUUUGAAAAUAUGGUUCACGAAUACAAUGAUUGAUUCAUGAUAAUUACAAUCCAAAUUAGCAUACUUUUAUCUUCUUAUCGUUUUGUUUAUCACUAAAUUUUGUCUGAUAAAUCAAUAUAGAGGCACCUUUUUUAUCUUUGGGUUCAUAUAGGAACAAAGGAACAGUUAUAAAAGUUCAAUGUGAAUAGCGUCCUUGAAAAUUGUGACCAUUCUUUUGAAGUAAAAUUUUUAAAUUUCAAAAGCAACUAAAGUUGACAAAACAGCAUGAAUAGUGGUUCAUUAAUUUUACUGAUCAUUUCGGUUUUCAGUGUCAUUGAAACAGCUUAUAGCUGGAAGUUUUUCCAUCAUGGUAGAGUGAUAGACAAAUCUCAUAAGUUGGGGUCAUUUGAAAAUGAAAAGCCUAGCAAAUAUGAAAGAUGGAUCACACAAAACCUGGAUCAUUUCCACCCUACCAAUGAGAGAACUUGGCAACAGCGAUAUUAUGUCAACGAUGAGUUCUUCAAUUCCACAUCUAGGAAUGUGGCAUUUCUUAUGAUUGGAGGAGAAGGGGAAGCUACUGCCGAGUGGAUGGAAGAAGGUUCUUGGAUCGAUUGGGGCAAAGAAUUUAGAGCCAUUUGUUUUCAGCUGGAACAUCGGUAUUAUGGAAAAAGCCACCCUACAGGGGAUCUGAGCACCGGGAAUCUGGAAUUCCUAAACAGCCAUCAAGCUCUGGCCGACCUAGCUUUUUUCAUAGAAGCGAUGAAUGUAAAACAUGAGCUGUCCCCUGACAUCAAAUGGAUAGUUUUUGGCGGAUCGUAUCCUGGUUCUUUGGCGGCCUGGCUUAGACAAAAAUACCCCCAUUUGGUGCAUGGAGCAGUCUCCACCAGUGGACCACUUUUGGCCAAACUCAACUUUGACGAAUAUUAUCGGGUGGUAGCUGACGAUCUUCGUUUAUACAGCGACGAAUGUCUAGAAGCAGUCCAAGAAGGUUCUGCGCAAGCGGAAGUACUGCUCAAACACCCCCUGGGCCAGAAAAACCUCGACAAAGUGUUGAAUUUGUGCGAUCCGAUCGCUGACAAUGUAAACAACACCGAUGACAUUGCCAAUCUGUUCACCAACCUCGCCGGCAACUUUGCGGGCAUCUCUCAGUAUAAUAAAGACAACAGAAAGUCCAAUAGGAAGCACAACGUCACUCUCGAUACGCUGUGUGACAUCAUGGUGAAUCAGACUAUCGGUCCUCAAAUCAACAGGUUGGCGGCUGUGAACAGUCUGAUUUUGAACAUUUCCAAUCAGACGUGUUUGGACUAUAAGUACGAUAAGAUGAUCCAGGAAAUGAAGAAUAUCAGUUGGGAUAGUGAAUCUUCUGAAGGAGGUAGACAAUGGACUUAUCAGACUUGUACGGAGUUCGGCUUCUACCAAACCUCCGACUACAAGCCCCAAAUUUUCGGUGACAAAUUCCCUCUGGACUUCUCUGUCCAACAAUGUGUCGACAUUUUCGGACCCGAGUUCGACAUGAAGUUCCAGCAGAAGGCAGUGGACGACACGAAUGUUGCUUACGGAGCCCUGGACAUUGAAGUUACGAAUGUGCUUUUCGUGCACGGGUCUGUUGACCCUUGGCAUGCCUUGGGCAUCACCAAGACCCUCAACAACUAUGCGCCUGCAAUUUUCAUCGAAGGGACAGCACAUUGUGCAGAUAUGUAUCCUGCAAGAGACUCCGAUCUGCCUCAAUUAAAAGCAGCCAGAGUGCAAAUUCAACAGCAGAUUUCUUCUUGGCUUGACUGGAAUUUGUACUAAGUUAUCAAUAUCGUAUUUUGAAAAAUGAUUUCGAGUUAUUUUAUUUUCAGAAUGUUUUUCACUGUUAAUUAAUUUGUCUCUCUCUAGCACCAGAAGAAGCAUUGAAAAUACAUUUUAUUGAAAUAAGUAAUAAGUAGGCAGUGAUUUCUUUCCUUUGUCAAACUUAUAUUAUUUGAUAAAUUUCAAACCAAAUUCAAUAUAGUAUGAGACGAAACGAAUGAAACAUCAAAAUAAGAUAAUACAUAUACUUAGUAGUGAAUUUUUUAAAUUUUGUCAGCCUCAAUUUAAAUGUUCUUUUUGUUCCUUCCGAAUAUAUAGGUAGAUAUAUAUCAUCAUAUUUUCAUCACCUAAAUAGACUUAGAUAAAAUAACGACUGGUCGACUGGUAUAUAAGUGCAUUUCAUAAUUUGUCUGCAUUCGAUCACUGCUUGAAAAUUUCCCAGGGAUACAAUGAAUGUUUG